GAAAGAGAACAGACGCACAGUGAAAAAAAAAUAAAGUGCUAGAAUUUUAAUUAAUUUAAUUGGUUUUAAUAAGUAAAAUUUACUAAAAAAUAACUAAUAAAAGUGCGAACACAAUAAAGAAAAGGAAAAUACAUAAAAAUUUUAAAACCAAAAAUGUUUUCGUGAAUUUUGCAAAAAUUAUAAACAGCAGAUGUUGAACUUUUGUGAUUUAUUUUGUUGUUGUAUGCUUCCCAUGUGUUUGCCAGAGGGUUGAAGUGCGGAAGGUUGUAAUAUAAAAAACAAAUUAUAUUAAAAUGUUUAUUAUUAAAAAAACUUUUUGGUGUUGGUAACUAAAUAAAAAUUUAACUAAAACUAUAAACCAAAAAACUAAAUUGUAUGGUAGUUGGCUACAAAUUAAGGCUUAAGACCCUUAAAUAUAAAAAAUAAACUAAAAAACAACUAAAGGUGAAGGUGUUUUCUAAAACCAAUAAAGAAACAUUAUUAAUCUUAAUAAUAACAACAAAUAUGGUACGUAGUCGACGCUCUAUAUCUAAAGAAGAUGCCUCCUCGGUGUUGGAUGAUAGUGGCAUUUCAUUAUCAUCACCCCCCGCCAAUCGUAAACAUUUUCCUAAUCUCAAUGAACAUGAAGAAGAAGCCAUAUUGGGUAAAUUGUGUGUUACCGAUGAUGAAACAGAUCCUGAAAUUAUAGAAGACAAUACAAUAGAUAAUGUUACUAUCAGCGAUAAUGAUGAUGACGAAGAACAAUCUGAAGACUCGGAAAAAUGUAAGGUUUAUGCCUCUGCUGAGCCUGGUGCUAAAAGGGCACGUAAAACUUACAUUUGUGAUAUUUGUCAUAAAGAGUUUCGUGGCAAAUCGGAUUUAACACGACACAAGUUUGUGCAUACAAAUGAAAAGCCCUUUAAAUGUCAAACCUGUAAUAACAGCUAUCGACAAGAGAUUAAUUUAAAAAAUCAUAUUAUAUCCGCGCAUACAAAGGAGAAAAAAUUUGCCUGUAAACAGUGUCCGAAAAGUUUUGCCCUUAAGGAGAGAUUACGACUGCAUAUGCGUUUGCAUACCGGAGAGAAACCCUAUGGCUGUCAACAAUGUGAUAAACGUUUUGCCAGAGGUGGUCAGUUACACCAACACAUGGUCACCCAUCAUAAUGAUGCUCCUAAACAAUUUAAAUGUGAAAUAUGUUCAGAACGUUUCUCAACACCCUCUAACUUAAAGGCUCAUAUACAAGGUCAUGAAGAAACGCCCGAUUGUUAUUGUGAAAUAUGUAAUGAACAUUUUGCCAAUGAUGUGCUGCUAAAGACUCAUAUCCAUAAACUACAUUACAAACUUAAGCAACAGGAUUGUGAUAUUUGUAAAAAACCCAUCGAAGAAAAUGAUUUGUUAAGUCAUAUGAAAACUCACAACAAUGCCAAGACUUAUGUAUGUGAAAUUUGCAAUAGUGUAUUUACCCAAAAGUCGCAAUAUAACGUACACAUGCGUAUGCAUACGGGUGAAAGGCCUUUUCAGUGCAGGAUUUGCUGUCAAACCUUUGCCCAUUCCAGUGUUUUAAAAUUACACAUACGCAAGCACACGGGCGAGAAACCUUUCAAUUGUUUGCUGUGCAAAGAUGAUGAACUGGCCUUUUCCCAAUUGGCCCACUUAAAGACACAUAUGAAGAAAAUACACAAACAAUUAAAACCCUACAUGUGU